GUACAACGCGGUCGUCAACACCUUCAAGAUGGCUGGCUGGACUCGUGUCCCGGUCGGCUCGUCGAAGUUUGCCAUCUACUGGGGUCCACAUCCCACACCGGAGAUGCUGAGGAGCUUCAACCCUUUCCAGAGGGCAAACCACUUUCCGAACUCCUGGCAGUUGGGGCGGAAGGACCUUCUCGGCAAGAACAUCCACAGGAUGAAGCGACAGUUCCCUAAAGACUACAACAUCAU